AGCAACUACAUCAUCGCUGCCAGCGCAUCGGCCAUAGCUAACGCUGUACUUUCACCACAGCCCGCACCCACGGCACCGUCGAUACAGGCGCUCAAUGGCGGCGGAGCUGGCAACACCGCAAGUGCUGCUCAAAAGUCAACCAAUCGCAUGAGUGCGCCUCAAAUGGGUGCCGCUGCCGCCCCGAAUUGUGGCAAUUCCACCAGCAACUAUGUUACAAGAAUGGCAACGAGCAAAUCCGAACACAACGACAACUCAUCGUAUGCUAUAUUGCAAGGCCUGCAAGAACCCUUGCUGCCGCAAACACAACAGCAAUCAGCGGGAUCACGUCAAGCCGUCAGCGGAUCCGUGAACGCCGGCAUCUCUGGUGCUCCACCCCUGCCGCCACGAAAGUCGUCACCUGGUGUUGAAAAUAGCGCCACAAGUAUGGUCGGCGCAAGUGCUGCUGUGACGCCAGUUGCAGCUGCUGCAAGUGCGACAGUGGUCAAGCACAGAGGACAGAUGUCAGCUGGAACUGCAACUCCCUCGGACAGUUUAGCGGCGAACACUGAAGGAGCUGCCAUGCCACCGCAGACAACGGCACCGCCGAUACCACCGCACGGCAAUCUAAUGCUAGUUGAUAGCGUCGUCGACGAUUUACGCGCGCAACAAAUCGCCACUACGACUGUAGCAACAUCUGCGGCCUCAAUCUCAUUGCAGUCGACACCAGGCUCGGCAUCAGCUACUUCGCCCACGCGUUCGAUACUGGACGACGACAUAGUAGGACCAGCAGAGACCAUUACGGGUGUAAUUGAUACACGGCCACUGGAAGCACGUCUGGCGGCAGCAGCUCGAAUUUUGGAACCAACAACGGUAAAGUUGCCACCAACAACAUGUAUAACCUCCAUGUCGGGUACUCCGCACUAUACUCAGCUCUGCAAUGCUACUUCAUCAACACAGCCAGCGGCGUCAGCACCGACCGGAGGACCAUCGACGACAUCAGCGGCUGUAGGCUCGCACCGAAAUCAACAGCAAACCUUACAAUCAACACAAAAACUACAGCAACAGCCUCUGCUGUACGAGAAUGUGACGAUCAAUCAAAAGGAAUGUAAUGUUCCAUAUGAAAAUAUCAAUCUGGAGUACAUUGCACGUCUCAUGAAUGAGGGAUAUUCGAAGGAGAAUGCGAUCACAGCGCUGGGCAUCUCACGAAACAACAUCGAAAUGGCCUGCGACAUCUUGCGCGAGUUCGUAUCGAAGAGUAGUGUUUGAGAUGUGCGACAGACGGCAAUGGUGAUAGCUGCAGUCUUGACAAAUGCAGAGCGCAUUCAAUGCAAUAACACAUACAUACAUAUAUCAGGUUAGUCAAAUGUAGAGACCAGUUAAGCUCAUACAUACAUACAUAUAAUGCGUGAUGAUAUCCUAGGCAAGGGUGAUGUUUUUGCAAGAUUAAAAUCAAAGUACUUGUAAACAAAAGCAAAUACUUAUUUUAGAAUUUCAAAAAGAAUCCUUCAUCAAUCAACAAUGCAAUGAAAAAUUGAUUUAAAAAAAAUCAUAAAAUAAAAUAAAUAGAUGGACGAAAUGUAAUUGAGUAAGAAAGUAAAAGCUAAGUUGCGCUUAUCAAUGAAAACAAAUACAAAUACAAUUUUUUUGGUCAUUCCUCCAUGUUAUCUUCGCAUUAUUACAUGAAACAAACCAGGCAGUUGGAAAAUUACUAAAGUUGUACUGUAGGUAACUCAUACAUUCUUAAACACAAAGGCAUUCGCCAUUGUAGUGGCAGAGCCAUAAGCAAUUCUUAUAAAAAUCAAAAUAACCAAAAGAAUUGUCGAAGGAAUAACAAACUCUAUAGUUAAGAUUAUUAAGGAAAUAAAGAGCUGCAAAAAAGUUUAGUUAUAAGAUUCUCAAUAAAAUUAUAGUCAGCAUAUACAUAUAAACUUGAUACAUUGCAUACUUUCAUACACAUACAUACAUACUUAUAACUCAUUAUUAGUAUUACAGGAAAAGUCAACUAUUAUAUUACAAACCAACGUAUCUACAUAUGUAUUCCAAGAAGUACUU